CCCCGGCCGCCCUCUCUCCCCGGUCCCGUUAGACCCCCCGCCCUGCGCGCACGCGCCGUCCCCGUUCCGUGCGCCCCGCGGUCGCGCCCCAGCCACGACCCCAGCCCCAGCUCUUAUAGCCUCGAAAGUCCCUGGGGUCGAAUUCCUGGGGAGGGGGUUCUGAUUCCUUGGAACUCUGGCCCCCAUCACUCGGGCGGAGAAUCAGCCAAAAUUCCUACGAAGUCACAGAGUAAAAUUGGAAAACGUAGCCAGGACCUCCCGGCACACGCCCGGCGCCUCCUGCCCUCCUCUAGAUGGGUGCUCCUGGAGGAUGUGUUUCCCCCAUCCCCCAACCCCGCCACUCUCUUCUGUCCUGGAGUUGGGGGACAGGGACACUAUGAGGAACGCAUGUGGGUGCCCUUGAUCCAGCUCAGCCUGACGACUAGAAAGGAAAGAUGCCUGUUGGGAUGGGCCUCCAGGACCCAGGAGUGGAGGGCACAAGGAGGACCAAGGAGUUCUCAUCCAAGAUAGGGACUCUCCAGCCAGCCCUGGAGCCUGCUGUGGGGCGCCCUGCCCCGCAGCACCACCCAUUUCCCAGAGGUGGGUCCCCUGGGGGUGAAGGGGUUAGUUCUGCCCAGGUCUCUCUUCCUUGAUCUUCACUGGCCAGUGUGGAGGUGUGGCUGGGAGGAGCCCAGGUUUGUCUAGACCAGAGUCAGCCUGGCCCAAGAGUGACCACUUCUGACCUCUCCUUUCUUCAUCCUGGGCAGUGAGACACACCAGAUGAGGAACAUGAGAAGGGGUGAAAACCACAAAUGUGUAUCUGUUUCUGUAGGGGUGGAGGGGGAGUGUCGGCCCCCUGCCCAGCUAUGCAGGGGGUGGGGUAGGACUUUUCCAGAGAGGGAGCCAGGCCUGGCCCUGGCCCCAAGAGCUCACGCCCCCACCCCUUACUUCUCCAGGGAACUGCCAAAGCCAAACCCAGCUCAGGACAGGAUUAUGUGUACUGGGUAGACCCAUGGAGAAAGAGGUAGCAGAGAGAAGCAGAGGCAGAGAGGGAGUAGAGAGGGGACCCGGACCCGGCAGCAAGAAGUGGCAGUGAUCAUCACCCCAUCUCUCCUUUCCUUCAACCUCCAGUAACAGAGUCAGGCAGAGAGCUGAAGUUUUGGGUGGAACGUUGGCCCUUCUCUGGAGCCCCUACCCGCCCCCCCAUCAGGGUGGAGUUGCUGACCUCAGUGGUCAGCCCAGCCAAGGGAGGGAGCUGCCAUCAGCAACCCCCUUCCCAACCCCAAGCAGCUGAGGAGACCCUGCAGCUCAGGCUCAACCACUGUGAUCCCUCCCUUAACUUCAAGUCCUGGGGUCUCAGGGAGGGAAGUGGGGCUGAGAGUUGCUACCCCCAAGCACAUUCCUGCCCUUCUCUCUGUCAUUUUCCUGCCCCUGAGCUGGCCCACCUGGCAUUAGCUCCUUGGAUUCCUCUCCCGGGUGCCUUUCAGAUCCAACAGAAACAUUUUUUUUUUUUCCUGGAAAGCAGAACUCCGAGCAGCAUGAGGAGUGGGGGUGGGAAGGGCUCAUUGUGA